AGACAAAACAGAUUACAAACCUGAGUACCAUGCAAAGCUUUCCAUCAAUUUCAACAAAUCAAGCGUCUGCUAGAAUAGGAUUCAACAGAGUGCCCUCCAAGGUGCUUCAUUUCCUUAAAAUAUUUCAAUAAAUGGUAACAUAAUCAUGCCAAUAAGCCAAUCCCUUCACUAUAUAUACCAGAAUUCUCAAACACUUGAACACACCAUUACCUUCUACAAUUACCUAAACUUACAAUCAUUCAUACCCAAGGCUUAAAAUGACAUACAAGUUAGGAUUACUCUCUUCAAUGAUGUUGUUACUAGCAGCGGGUAUCAAUGCUGGUGGCAUCGCUAUCUACUGGGGUCAAAACGGGGGUGAGGGCACGUUGGCUGAAACGUGCUCGACAGGGAACUAUGAUUUCGUCAACCUUGCGUUUCUUCCAACUUUCGGAAACGGUCAAACCCCCAUGAUUAAUCUUGCAGGUCACUGCGAUCCAUACAGCAAUGGCUGCACCAAUUUAAGCUCUGAAAUCAAAUCAUGUCAAGCGAAAGGAAUCAAAGUGAUGCUGACCAUUGGAGGAGCAGCUGGGAGCUACUACCUCACCUCUGCUGCAGAUGCCAAACAAGUCGCCACUUACCUCUGGAAUAACUUCUUAGGUGGGAAAUCAUCCACACGUCCUCUUGGUGAAGCUGUUUUGGAUGGAAUCGACUUUGAUAUCGAAGGAGGAACCACCCAACACUGGGAUGACCUUGCCAGGUAUCUUUCUGGAUACAGCAGUCAAGGCAAAAAGGUAUAUUUGACAGCAGCUCCUCAGUGUCCUUUCCCAGAUGCAUAUAUUGGAACUGCCCUUAAAACAGGUCUUUUUGACUUUGUUUGGGUUCAGUUCUAUAACAACCCUCCUUGUCAGUACUCGGGAGGUAUGACCAGUUUUGAAGAUUCUUGGAAACAGUGGACUUCUGAGAUCCCAGCAACCAAGAUUUUCUUGGGGCUGCCUGCAUCACCUACGGCUGCAGGAAGCGGGUAUAUCUCUGUUGGUGACCUAACUUCCAAAGUGCUUCCAGCAAUCAAAGGAUCUGCAAAAUAUGGAGGAGUUAUGUUGUGGGAUAAGUACCAUGAUGAUCAAACUGGAUACAGUUCUUCCAUCAAAAGUCAUGUGUAGUACUUUGUAAAAUCCAUGGUUGUACAACUUCACUUGUAUCUUUAGUAAUUAUUAUAAACUAUUAAGUAAUCAAGAUAUUCAUAAA